AUGGAUGCCGCUACCAGCGCUUUUUUCACAGACACUGUGAAGCUCAAGCCGAGUAGCCUGGAUGCGUCCAAAUCAGACUUGGCUCACUUCGUGGAGAAGGCGCAGUCUAGAGGACUGCGGAUUGCGCUGAUCACGUCUGGAGGAACCACUGUCCCUUUGGAGCUGAACACGGUGCGGUUCAUCGACAACUUCUCGACGGGCACGCGCGGCGCCCUGUGCACACAGGAGCUGCUGGCGGCAGGUUACGCCGUCAUCUUCCUGCAUCGGAAAGGCCGAGCCGAGCAGAAGAUCUACACCUAUGCUGAGCUCAUCCAGCACUACAAGGACCGCUACACCGAGGAGCAGGUCGAGGAGCUAUGGCGGACACGCAUGGCAAAGACCCGGCCCCGGCUGCUGCAAGAUGCCACGCCGGAGCAGCGCGCGGACCGGGCCUACGUGCUCAAGGCUGUGCGCCUUCGCGGGCCGGAGCUCCGCCACGCCGCCCCCGAGCUGCGCCGGGACCGCGAGGUGGCCCUGACCGCAGUGGCAGAGGACUGGAUCUCCCUCGACUACGUCCCCGAUGAGCUGACCUCGGACCGCGGGAUCAUCCUUGAAGGUCUGCGACAUGACUGGGAGGCCAUCACCUACGCCUCGGAGGACCUGCAGAGAGACGAGGAGGUGGUCAUCGCGGCCUUGGGCCAGUCCAUCAUGGCCUUGAAGACCAUCCCGGAGGCUCUCUGGACCCAGCCGGCCGUGCGCGCCGCGAUCGUGGCGGCCGCGCGGCGGGAUCCGGAGCCCCUCCGCUUCUGCCCUGAGGCCAUCCGAAGAGAGCCCGACGUCAUGCUCGAGGCAGUGAAGGCACAGCCGAAGUUUGCCACUGAGGCCAACCCCUGCCUCAUUCAGGACCGGCAGUUCGUCCUAUCUGCGGUCCGUGGGAACUGGGAGGUGCUCGAGUGCCUCCCACAGAAGUACACCAACGACCGGGAGGUUACGUAUGUUGUAGGAAGAGCCUUUCAAUGUCGACUGCUGCCUGUUUUGCAGUGCUACCUGCUCAGCGCAAGUUGCUGA